AUGAACAAAGAUCUAAUAACCUGCCACGAUUUCUUUAACUCUAUUAAUACAAAAAUGGGCCAAAUCGACGAAGAACUCAAAAGUCGAGUGGCAGAUUUUGUCCACAACGCAGUUUCGAACAAUAAGAAAGUGGUGAUUGUUACGUCGGGAGGAACUACAGUGCCGCUUGAGAAAAACACUGUUCGAUUCAUUGAUAACUUUUCUACAGGGACAAGAGGAGCAACGAGUGCAGAAUAUUUCCUCCAAUAUGGAUAUUCCGUGUUGUUUCUGUAUCGAUCGUCCACGAAGCGUCCAUUCCGCACUACUGUUGACGAAUAUAUUAGUGAGCAUUUGGAGAGUGCAAUAUGUUCUGGAACCGAACUUCUCUGUAUGUCGUAUUUCGUGGUGAUAAGAAGUGAGCAAUGUGCCCUGCAUCAAGUAAGUUAUCGCAACGAUUUGUUGGAAAUCCCCUUCACGUCUGUUUUCGAUUACAUGAUUCUUCUGCGUCACUUAUGUCUCUCUUGUGAAAGCAUGGGACGAAAUCUGAUGUUGUUCUCCGCAGCAGCCGUUUCGGACUUUUACAUUCCCUACAACGAAAUGGCGGAGCACAAGAUUCAAUCAAGCGAGGGCAAUCCACACAUCGCUCUAACGAACACUCCCAAAAUGCUCUAUUUGGUGACGAGGGAAUGGGCGAGCGAUGCCUAUAACGUAUCGUUCAAGCUCGAAACCGAUAUCGAUCUUUUGGUGAGCAAGGCGACCUCGGCGAUCUGCAAGUGGGUUUGGGAGAAGGUUUUGUCGUAGGUAUGAUGUUGACUGUGUGGUGGCCAAUGUGCUGAUGACUCGCUACAAGGAAAUCCGACUGAUCUUUAACGCGAAGAGUCGGAAGAACCGAGGGAUGAAGUUCCAGGCCGAGCAGGGAGCAGGGGCAGAAACAGGGGCAGAGGGAAAGAUCGCGAUUGAAUUAGUGACCAAGACAGACGAAAAACCCUUGGAAGCGCAGUUUAUUCCGCGGUUGGUGGAGGCACACGAUCUGUAUUUGUCUCAGUA